GUCGCUACAGCGCUUCCAACGGCAGGCAGGCGACGCAGCUGCGGCUGCUGCUGCCGGUGCCGCACGCCAGAGCAGCAAGCGCCGCAACGAUGGCAGCGAAAAAGGAACCGUUCAUGCCGAUGUGGCCCCCGCGCCCAGCAGCAAACGGCAGCACGAGCAACCCGCUGCAGCUGCGGCCGUGACGGAAACGGAAACAGGGGUGCGGAGCGAGGCCGGCCGGCGGCCAGACGCGCCGCCCUGCCCUGCGCACCAGGAGGGGCAAGCGGAAAAGCAGCGGUCGCGGCAGCUGCGGCAAGAUGGGCAGCAGGAAGAGCUUCCUGGCAGUGAAGAGCAGCAGCACGUCCUCCUGGCACAGGAUGUGCAGCCCGGAGGCGACUUGGGCGCCGCGGCGCUUGAGGCCCGGUUUGUGGGUGCAUACUGCCAUUUGUACCUCAGCGCGUUCUCAUCAGAGCUUGAGGCUCUGGGACAGCAGCAGCAGCAACAGCAGCAGCAUGGCAGCAAGUCGACCGAGGCGGCCAAGCGGCGGCUGCAAAAGGAGCGAGGGGAUGCGGCUGGGGACGGCGGCCGCGGCGGCACGGCAGAGGGUGAGGGCACCCUGCCUGAGCUGGUGCUCUUCUGUGCAGAGGGCGCCGCAGAGGCGUGGCCUGAGGAGCAUCGGCGGCUGCUGCUGGCGAAGUGA